UGCCCAAGUCUGUACCUGGUGCUAAUACCAUACCACAAACGGGGCAGAGUGAAGUGGUAUUGUAUGCUGAUUGAGUUCCCUGUGGUAAAAUAUGCACAUGUAGACUGCUAUCCAAUGGCUUCUUCAUCGCAACUCUCAACGCGGCUCAAGAUAUUUCCAAGCGGAGGUUCAGAUGGCAUUCACGUCAUCCUCAUCCCAGGUGUGGGAACGGCCAAUUGCGAAUCUUGGGGAAUCUGUGAACCUACAUGGGCAGAGCAAUUGGCCAGUUUAAACAUCGCAAUAGAGAUCCAUAGCUAUGACCAUCAGGUCAAUCUCGACAAUGACUUCAGUUGGCAAGGAAUAUUAGACGCUGGCAGAGGUCUUCUUAUGGCCUUACAGAAAUUCCAAGAUCGGCAGACUAACCCGACGCCGUUGGUAUUUAUAUGCCAUGGUCUUGGAGGUUCGAUUCUCAAACAGGCACUCUGCAUUGCCAAUACGCAUUACGACAGAUACUGCGUUCUGAUAAAGACGAUCACGGGAAUCAUCUUUCUCGGGACGCCCCAUUCUCUAGAAGGGGCCGACGCACAAGAAUUUAGCAGCAGGGCACUUUCUAUGUUAAAAAUAGGACCAGGGAACCCACUAUGCCGCCAAUCUUUAAUGCGGAUCCAAAAGGGUUCAUUGCUCCUGCGCGACCUGGCAAAUCGGUUUCAGAGCGCAAACUAUCGGGUCAAGAUGAUAUCGGUCUUCGAGAAAGAGACUACAAGGAUUCGGGAACCGUGGUACUUGUUCUCAGGACAGAAAGAUAUCGUUGUUGUCGACGAGGCUCUUUGUGCGAUCGCCUCUCAGUCGGAGGAGGUGGUAGGGGUAGACCUAAACCAUCUUCAAUUACCGCAAAUGAAUGACAGCGCGGGAUUGAUACACCAAUGGUUCCAAAGUAUCGUUUCGCCAUCUCUGAGGAUAGUUGAAGAAAGGCUACACAGUCUAGGAAUAAAUCUUUCCAUUCCCAUCCUAUCUUCAAACAACUACUUACCGUUUUCAGUGACAAAAGAACAGCCCACCAAAGACAACUUCCUUUCGCAAUCUUACGGUAGCGAUAGCGCCAAUGAAACCUCUGUCGAUAUAACCUUCAACUCAGAUUCCAGUCGAGAUUAUAUCGAUGCCUUGAUAGAAGGGUUUAUGCUAGAACGAACCAACCCGGAAAUUCCAUGCUUUAUGGUGGAAACUUUCACGAGAAACUCCCAAUUCUAUGGACGUCAGGAUAUGCUCGAGAGGCUUGAUGAAGUGCUUCUGCCCUCAAAGGACUUGCUCGUGUCAUCAGAGCCAGAUCGCGCCAGGAUUGGGCUAUUAUGCGGCAUGGCCGGACUAGGAAAGACGGAAACGGCCGUUGAGUACGCCUACUCGCGGCGAGAGGAAUUCGACGCUGUUUUCUGGAUACGGAGCGAGGAUACAUCCAAGUUGGAUUCAGACCUUGCGCAUAUCGCCUUGAGCCUCGGUAUACAGGACCACAGGGAGCCCAAUGACAAAGCCAUCAACAAAGGUCUCGCUCUUGAGUGGCUCUAUUCCCCUUACAAGAUAGAGCAUGAGGAAAGCGGCUCUAAAUCCACACCAGCUUCGUGGCUGCUAGUCUUCGACAAUGCAGAUGAUCCCGAUAUCCUAGCACCGUACAAGGAUAUAGCGAACAACGGAGCUGUGCUUAUCACAAGCCGAAACCCCCUUGCCGUGACAAGCUUCUCGCAGGCAACAAGCGUCGUUGAUAUACAGCCUUUUAACGUCGAAGAGUCAGCUGAAUUCAUACAGCAACUUACGCAAAGGCGCGACGAUUUGGAGCAGGCAAAACGAAUCGGUGAUCGCCUGGGAGGCUUGCCACUUGCCAUCACCCAAAUGGCCGGCUACAUUAGAUUGUCAUUUCUCUCCUUUGAACGAUUUCUGGAUCUAUACGACGAUCAGGAUGAAGGCUCAGAGAUACAUGGAGUCGAACCGCAUCCCCGUCGAGAGACUGCCCGGGGAAACAUGCUGACUGUCUGGUCACUGGAGAAGCUUUCUCCUGAGGCAAUCGCAUUACUUGAAAUCAUGGCGUUCCUGGACGCCGACGGGAUUCAAGAACCCGUUCUGCUUGGUCAUUGCUCCACUUUAGACAACGUAGAGUACCCGAAAAAGAAGGUGCCCUUCUACAAUGCUCGAAAGCAACUCAUUGCAUCAUCGCUUGUCCGGCAUGACAUGGCGAACGAGAAGUUUUGGAUUCACCGAGUCACUCAGGACGUUAUACGUGCGGGAAUUCCAAAGACGAGGCAGAUAAAAGUCUUUUCUAACGCCGUAUCUCUCAUCUUGAGUGCGUGGCCCGUCAACAAUGUGGGAGGCCAUGCAGUCUCGUUUUGGGAAGUCUCAGAGUCGCUCUACCCACACGUGGUCAGCUUAAAGGCUGCGUACGAGAAAUAUUUUGCCCCAAACCAGGAGGACGGACACGUACCCUUUGCCAGGCUACUUACAAUGGCUGGGUGGUAUCAGCACGAGCGAGGUCAAUCUCAUCAUAUCAAGCCGCCUCUCCAUCUGGCACUUGAAAUAUGUCAACGCAAUACGGAACGUGAUUUAAGAGAUCUGGAAUCCGAUAUCCGGUAUGUUCUCGGCGCAGUAGCAAAUGAGACCAAUGAUACCGAAUCCUGUUUGGUGCAUAACGCGAAGUUCUUAGAGAUUAGACAAGCUGUCUUUAACGAAACAGGUGCCACGGAUGAGCGCCUAGCUCGGGCAUAUAAUCAGCUAGGGACCGCCUGGAUGAUGGCUAAGGACUACAAAAAGGCUGAAAAGCUGUUUGCCGCUUCGGAAGCUAGAUAUAAAGCAGUGCCAGGCUUCACCAAGGGCCAGCUAUCCAUCCCACUCGCGAAUAUUGGUCUCGCAUAUUGGCUUCAGGGGAAAUUAGAUCACGCCGCCUCUAUUCUUGAGAGGGGGCUAGCAGACAGGGAAGAGCUGUACGGAUAUAUGGACAACCACUCCUUCAGGACCGGCCGUUUACUGCACGCUUUAGGGAACGUCCGCUUGUCCCAGGGGAGAACCUCGGAGGGAGAAAGGUUGCACCUGAGAGCAUUGGAACAGUACCAAUCUACCAUUUGCAAUCAGCACCAUAGGACUGCAGACGUAUGUCAUAAGGUGGCCCAGAACUGUUUUCGGGAUGGAAACCAUGCGCAAGCUAUCGCCCUUAUUGACCAGGCUUUAAAGGCCUGGUCCGUAGACACCACAGUAUACGCCCCGGAAAUCACGAGGACAACCUUUCUUAAGGGCAAGGUUCUUCUUCGGCAGAAUAAAGAUGAAGCUGAGCAGCUUAUAAAGAUUGCAACGAGAAUGAGGAGUGAAAUUAUUCCAAGUGCUAUGGUUAAGGAGGAUGGCGGGCUGACGGAAGAGGAUUUCGAUGAAAUUGUGACGUUUUGGUCCCGAUGAGAGACACUACGCCGGCCAUCUCAGAGCCAACCUAACGGUUGAGAAUUGGUUUGAAAUAGAUUUAGUUAUCUCCUUUCAGUGUGCAAUAUUCGAACUUCACACAGCACUAUAAUUACGAAAC